CGAAAAAAGGUACUUUUGAUUAUCCUGGUCCUCCACCAAUUGCUCAAGUACCCCGCCCUGUCCUGGUCCCCCCACCUCCACUUUCUUUCCACUCUCUUCCACUCCUACCUCCGACCUCAUUCAUCUCAUGCGACAGCCUGAACUGGAGUGAACAUCACUCUCUCUACUCUAUACAACAUCACCACCAGCCUCAACCUCUUCCCUGCGCCGAUAGUCGACUGCGACCUACGCCUCUAGCUCUUAAUACCUAUUACCUUAACAACUAAACCCACUACAACAUCGCCAAACAUGGCGUCCGAUCAGGACAACUCCGGCCUCGAUGCGCCCGGCUCACAAUUCCACCGACCAAUCUUGCAAUCUAUGCCCGAUACGCGACAGCAGAGCUUUGACGAGAUCUACGGUCCUCCCGAGAACUUUUUAGAGAUUGAGGUCCGCAACCCAAGAACACAUGGCAUGGGCCGUCACAUGUACACAGACUACGAGAUCCUCUGCCGCACAAACAUCCCCGCCUUCAAGCUCCGUCAGAGCAGCGUCCGUCGUCGAUACUCCGACUUCGAGUACUUCCGCGACAUUCUCGAGCGCGAGAGCGCCCGCGUUACUAUCCCUCCUCUACCCGGAAAGGUCUUCACCAACCGCUUCAGCGACGAUGUUAUCGAAGGUCGCCGCGCAGGCCUCGAGAAGUUCCUCAAGAUCGUUGUCGGUCAUCCCCUGCUGCAGACGGGAAGCAAGGUCCUGGCUGCCUUUGUCCAGGACCCUAACUGGGAUCGCAACGCUUGGUGACGCCUCCGUCUGAUCUGGCCCUUUAAAGCCAUGUCUUCUCGCUCUCGCUCUCCAUCUCCAACUUCAGCUCCGCGCCAACCUCGAAAGCUCCGUAAGCGGAAUCCGGCUCUCAACCAGCGAGACGCCCUUCUCGACAACAUGCCCUCCCCGUGACUACAUGAGAAAGGUCAAGGAAACGAAAAGAAACGAAACGACAGGAGAGGGUGGAAUUGGCGUUCCUCUUCACGAACAUACUAUUCUCUUUUUGUUUCAUGUGGGAAAAGCAAACUCUGGUCCAGCCAUUAUGUUUUCAGUCCAAAGCUGUUCUUUCAACUUGCAUCCCAUCCUACAUUCGAAGCUCUGGGACUCCCUUCUUUAGCUUGGGGCGUUGAUGGGCUAAAGGGUUAUCUUGUAUCCAUAUCAUUUACUCUGAAUAACAAGAGUGAUCCGACUCAUGAGACCCAGACCAUGAAGUUCAAGCGCAUUGUUUACAACAAAAUGUCAAAGUCAGCAAAGUGGUUUGAUGUUCAUUCAUAUUGGCUUCUAAUCGUCAUUCCAUGGAGACAGAGUUCUCAUCUCCAGAAUGGGCAUAAGUUUGUGACGAUACCGCCAAUGUGUGAUGAUAUCCAAAAAAUAGAGGCGCCUCUCCUAUUAUACAUAAUUUCGUACAUGG